CAGAGAGGGGCCAAGAGGGUCAGAGAAGAGGCCACGGUAUGACGGGCCCCCCCAGCUCGCGGUGGUGAAGGUCAGCAGAGCCAGUGCUGAGAGCUACAGUGCUCUGGGGCUGGGCAUGACCAGGAUGGGGCACAACGGGGAGCAGAGCCCCUUGCUGGGGGGGACACCUCUCAAGAGGCGCGGGAUGGCGUGCGCGGCCGUGCUGGCGGUGGAGGGUCUGGAGCAGGCGGCUUUCUUUGGCAUCACGGCCAACCUGGUUCUCUACCUCACCAGCAGCACCUUCGGCUGGGGGGGUACCCAGGCAUCCCAUGCCUGCCUGUUUUUUGGGGGGGCUUCCUACCUGCUCUCACCCAUCGGUGGCUGGUUUGCCGAUGUCUACCUGGGCUGCUAUGGCACCGUGGCUCUCAGCUUCUUGCUGUACCUGCUGGCAGCGUGUUUGCUGCCCGUCACGGCAUCGCUGGACGGCCGCCUCUCGCUCUGCGGGGAGCUGCCCGCCGAUACCAUCCGAAACUGCUCUUGGCACCGCGGUGGGACGUGCCAGGGGCAGCCCCCCGAGCUGUACUGUGCCCCCACCAUCUACACUGGGCUUCUGCUCUUAGCACUGGGCAUCAGCUCCGUCAGAGCCAACCUCACCCCCUUCGGCGCCGACCAGGUGAGGGACCAGGAGGUUGAUGCUACACGACGCUUCUUCAACUGGUUCUACUGGAGCAUCAACAUGGGGGCCAUCUUCUCCCUGCUGCUGGUGAACUUUGUCCAGCAGAACAUUGGUUUUCUGGCCAGCUACCUCAUCCCCGUUGCCUGUCUGGCCUUGGGUCUCCUCAUCUUCCUCCUGGCCACCCCCACCUUCAUCACCAAGCCCCCCAGGGGCAGCCAGGUCUCUGCCAUGAUGAAGCUGGCCCUGCAGAACUGCGGCUGUGCCUGGCUGGGGGGCACCGGGGCCAGGCUGACCGCUCAUCGGUGGGAAGUUGUGGACCCUCUCCCCUACAGCAGAGCCCAACCUGGAGCCCCUUCGCCUGAGGAGGACCGUGCCAACUUCCAGGUGCUGGCCCGCAUCCUGCCUGUGAUGCUGGCCUUCAUCCCUCACUGGAUAGUCUACUUCCAGAUGCAGUCGAUGUAUUACCUGCAAGGUCUGCAUCUCCGCACCCCUGGCAUCUUCCAGAGUGUCCAGGACCACCCCAGCACCCUUCAGGGCUACACAUUCCCAGAUGUUUGGCUGCUCCUGGCCAAUGUGGUGGUCUUGGUGCUGCUGAAGGACCACGUCAUUGACCCCUUCCUAGCCAGGAGGAGGCUGCUACCCUCAGCCCUCAAGCAAAUGACCCUGGGCAUGUUCUUCAGCCUGGCCUCCAUCCUGGCAGCAGGCAUCCUGGAGCGGGAGCAGCUGCAGUACAUGCACCACAACCAGACAGUGCUGCAGCUCCUGGCCAAGGACCGCUACCCCGCCGCCACGCUGCCCGCCUGGUGGCAGAUCCCCCAGUACCUGCUCAUCGGCCUCAGCGAGCUCUUUACCAGCAUCCCCGGCCUGGAGUUUGCCUACACCGAGGCCCCUGAGUCCAUGAAAGGAGCCAUCAUGGGGCUCUUCUUCUUCAUCUCCGGGGUGGGCUCGCUGCUGGGGUCGGGGUUGCUGACUCUCCUCUCGCUGCCCACCCACGGUUGGAUGCGCUGCCCGGAGGGUUACGGGAGCAUCAAUAGCUGCCGUGUGGAUAAUUACUUCUUCCUGCUGGCUGGGAUCCAGUCGAUCACCUGCUUCAUCUUCACCUGGAUCUCCAGGCACUACCAGCACCGGCUGCCGUGACCGGGUGCCCCCACCUCUGCACGGGGCCAGAGGAGGGCUGACAUGGUGCCA